AUGGAACACGAAGAAGGUCGACCGAGAAGAGUCAUAGUAGCAAUGAAGGGACACCCAGGCACGGGCAAAACAACGCUUGCCCGCUUCAUAGCCGCAUCACUAAGAUGCCCACUCCUUGACAAAGACGACAUACGUGACUCCACUUCUGCCAUCGAAGCAGAAGUGGGGUCACACACUGUUUCUAAACUCCUUAAUGAUCUUUCUUAUGAAGUACUUUGGCGAAUGGUCGAGACCCAACUCAGUCUUGGCUUGAGUGUUGUCAUUGACUCGCCUCUUUCCCGCAAGAGUCAUCUGGAUCGGCUAGUUGAACUAGCCGAUUCUUUUGACGGCUCUCAGCUUGUUGUGGUCGAGUGCAAGCCAAAAGACGAGACUGAGUGGCGUCGUCGGCUUGAGAAUAGAGGGAAAGACGGUUGUGGUGGCAGUUGGCAUAAGCCCGCCACAUGGCGGGAUAUGGAGAGGUUGUUGGAGGGAUAUAACGGGUGCACCGAUUAUGAUGUAGGGGAUGUGCCGAAGCUAGUUUUGGAUACUACUGUAGCGUGUGGUAAAUUUGCAGAGCUUGUUGAGUCUGUUUUGAAGUUUCUUGAUGCUUGUGCACAUUUACAUAAAGUUUCUGGUUAA